UCCCCGCGUGCCCUCACGCGCCCGCCCCGCCGGUGGCGCUCCCGGUGCCGGGCCCAUGGCGGAGAGCGGCGCCUGGCUGCUGGUGCUCAGCGCCGUGUUCCUCUGCAACGCGCUCAAGAUCCUCCUGCCCUCCUGCUCCUCCGUUGUCUCCAGGCUGUUACAGAAGGAUGCAGAGCAGGAAUCCCAGAUGAGAGCUGAGAUCCAGACCAUGAAGCAGGAGCUUGCCACCAUCAGUAUGAUGGAUGAGUUUGCCAGAUAUGCCCGGCUGGAGAGGAAGAUUAACAAAAUGACUGACAAGCUCAAAACCCACGUGAAAGCACGAACUGCCCAAUUAGCCAAAAUAAAGUGGGUCAUAAAUAUUGUAUUCUACAUAUUGCAGGCUGCCCUGAUGAUCUCUCUGAUCUGGAAAUAUUACUCUGAGCCCGUCACGGUGCUUCCAAGCAAAUGGUUGGCUCCCCUGGAGCGCCUGGUGGCCUUCCCUACAGGAGUGGCAGGAGGAGUGGGAAUUACCUGCUGGCUCGUGGUCUGCAAUAAAGUUGUAGCUAUCAUGCUGCACCCCUUCAGCUGAAGGAAUCCCAGCAGCCCAUGGACUCCUCAACUGCAUUUACAUCAUCACAGUUUUAAAUUCAUUUAGAAAGAAAAAGGGACAGUUAUCUUCCAUGAGACAAGGUCUGAGGCCAUCCUUGUUGCUCCAUUUGGAUAUCAGUCACUCCUUUUGAUUUCUCUUCCCAGAGUUUGUCUUUCAGUUUGGAAAGAGCAGCACUGCUGGUUGUAAAACCUCCUUUUGGGUUUAUUGGUGGCAGAACUGUAAGGUUUUGUCAUGGCUUGUUGUCACCAACAUCUACAAGUGUUGGAUUUGUGGUUUUAAAUUGGAAAUUUGCUGGCUUUAGGGAUGAAUUUGGGAGCUUGGCUGGUUUUUUGAUGUAAAAUGUGGUAGCUUCACCUCGAGGUGGGAUCAUGUUGGGUGAUGCAGAGGGCAGAGGGAGGUUGUUUGCUUGGCUUGGGGCAAAAGAGUUUCCUUGUGAUUUCUUUACCCUAAAAUUGGAAUAUUCUUGAGCUCUCCUAAAAAAAUAGAUGUGUUUAAUCAAGGUUUUAUCUCUUAAGAGGUUUCUUCAGCUGCCAAACACAAGCUCCUGUCAAUGAAGAAAACAGUGCUGUUCCUGCAGAGGGGAUGCUGAUUUAGCUUCCCUCUCUGGAAUUGCCACAGAGGAAUGAUCUGUUCUGCUAUUCCAGGGCCAGGAUUCCUCCAAAACUGGCACUGCCUUUAAAAACCAGUUCAAAAGGUCAGGUUUUGUUGUGUGUGUAUAUAAGGAUUAAAUACUUUUGUUUGUUUUUUUAUGUUAAUUUAAAAAUUGGGAUUUGAUAUCAGGAAUUGCAUUUAGCCAACGUGAAAAUAAAUAUCAUGGAAAAAAUGAAAUGCUGUGAGGGAAUGUUAUGUAUAAUUGUGAUUUUAUUAAGGAAAUAAAGCUUUUCAACCCAU